AUGGACAGCUCGUUGUUUUUCAUACUAGUGUGCUCCCUGUUGGCUGUUUCGGAAGUUCAAGCCACUGUGGCGAUAGCGGACCUGGGGCCUAAAAUUAAACAAUUAGUGGAAACCUUACAUUCAGUGUGUAUCCCUAGGUCCGGCACAAGCGAGGAGGCAAUUCAAAAAGUCAUUAAUGGAGAAUUUACAGAUGAACCCAAAAUAAAGGCAUAUAUGAGGUGUCUGCUUGAGGAGAGUGGAGUGGUCGAUGAGAAUUUAGCCUUUAACAACGAUGUAGCAGCCGCGCUGAUCCCACCUAAACUCUUGAAUGAUGUUUUGGAGAAUAUAAAGAUUUGUGAACCCAAAAAAGCAGCAGGCGGCGCCCCAGAGCUCGCCCAUCCCGGCAGUCGCCGCUGCUUCCAUUUCAUUAAUAUAUGGAGGGGCAGACUUGUUCUACGGAAAAAAUGUAAACAGGUUUCCAGAGUUUCGACGAUAAAGCAUUUGUUUUCGUAAAAUGUGCUUACGAACAAAAUCCUGAUAUAUUCAUAUUCUUCUGAACAACUGGUCCGACAGACAGACAUAUUAAGUAGCUACAGUACAAUUACUAAUAUUAAAAGAUAUGAGAAC